AUGCCAACUGACCCUCCCCCCAAUUUGGGGGCCUUCCCUCAGCGGCUGCUCCGCAUGGACCUGCCGGUGGCUGAUGACAACACUGUGCACUUCAACUCCACCCUCAUGGCCCUGAUCAGGACAGCCCUGGACAUCAAGAUCGCCAAAGGCGGGGCCGACAAGCAGCAGAUGGACGCGGAGCUGCGCAAGGAGAUGAUCGCCAUCUGGCCCAACUUAUCUCCCAAAAACCUGGACCUGCUUGUCACCCCCCACAAGUCCACCGACCUGACAGUGGGGAAGAUCUACGCGGCCAUGAUGAUCAUGGAGUACUAUCGGCAGAGCAAGGCCAAGAAGCUGCAGGCCAUGCGUGAGGAGCAGAACCGAACCCCACUGAUGUUCCAGCGGAUGGAGCCACCAUCCCCCUCCCAGGAGGGGCCCCCAGGGCCGGAUGCGGUGCCCUCGGCGGAGCCGGCUCCGCGGGACAUGAAGGAGAGCCAGUCAUGGGUGACCCAACGUGCCCAGGAGAUGUUCCAGAGAACGGGCACCUGGAGCCCUGAGCGGGGCCACCCCGACGACGUCCCCAACAGCCGCCCCAACUCCCAGCUGGUGGAGAUGCGGGAGAUGCCCAAGGACGGCCCCUCGGACAGCGACCACCUGCCCAUGGAGGGGCAUGGCCGUGCUGCCUCCAUGCCCCGCCUGCCCGCCGACCCUCAGCGGAGGAAGGUCCGACCCCGAGGGAAUAACCUCAGUGUAGGUACCACGGGGCCCCCUGAGCCCCCCCGCCAGAGCCACCCACCCCUCUGA